ACCAAGAUGGCCACCGCCGUUGCAGCUGAACCGGGAUCAACAGCCCCGACAGACAUUAGGACCCAGUUCUGGAGGAGAGCCUUGCAGAGAGGCUCCAGUGGGACUCGGAACAUGGCCUCUCCAGAGAUGCCAGGCUCCUCUGGGACCGCCCAGAGCAUGAAGAAGACCAUCGGACACCGCGGAGUGGAGACCACCACAGGAGAAACCACCUACAAGAAGACCACGUCGUCUGCGCUGAAAGGGGCCAUCCAGCUGGGCAUCACUCACACCGUGGGCAGCCUGAGCCAGAAGGCGGAGAGGGAUGUUCUCAUGCAGGACUUUGUGGUGGUGGAAAGCAUUUUCUUUCCCAGUGAGGGCAGUAAUUUGACCCCCGCUCAUCACUACAGUGAUUUUCGUUUUAAGACCUACGCUCCAAUCGCCUUCCGCUACUUCCGGGAGCUCUUCGGCAUCCGACCAGACGACUACCUGUACUCCCUGUGUAACGAGUCACUGAUCGAGCUUUCCAACUCUGGAGCGAGCGGCUCUCUGUUCUACGUCUCCAGCGACGACGAGUUCAUCAUUAAGACUGUCCAGCACAAAGAGGCGGAGUUUCUCCAGAAACUACUUCCUGGAUACUUUAUGAACCUAAACCAAAACAAGCGUACCCUGCUGCCCAAGUUCUACGGCCUGUACUGUGUCCAGGCUGGGGGCAAGAACAUCCGGAUCGUGGUGAUGAACAACCUGCUGCCCUGUGCCGUCCCCAUGCACCUCAAGUAUGACCUGAAGGGCUCCACAUACAAGAGGCGUGCCUCCCCCAAGGAGAGGGAGAAGAGCGUGCCCACACACAAGGACCUGGACUUCAUCCAGGACCUGCCAGACGGACUGCUCAUGGAGCCAGACAACUACAACGCUCUGAGCAAGACCAUCCAGAGAGACUGUCUGCUCCUCCAGAGUUUCAAGAUCAUGGACUACAGCCUGCUGGUGGGCAUCCAUAACCUGGAUCAGGCCAGCCGUGAGCGGGAGCGUGCGGGGGCUCAGGGGGGGGACAGCGGGGGGUCUGAGGGGGCGGUGACCCCCGACCAGCGCCGGCCCCAGGCCCAGAAGAGCCUCUACUGCACCGCCAUGGAGUCCAUCCAGGGAGAGGCCCGGGGGAAGGGGGUCCUGGACUCGGAGGAUCACAUGGGGGGGAUCCCAGCACGCAACAAUAAAGGAGAGAGGAUGUUGGUCUACAUCGGCAUCAUCGACAUCCUGCAGUCUUACAGAUUUGUCAAAAAGUUGGAACAUUCAUGGAAGGCACUGGUUCACGAUGGGGACACGGUGUCUGUGCACAGACCAGGUUUCUACGCUGAGCGCUUCCAGCAGUUCAUGUGCAAUACUGUGUUCAAAAAGAUACAAUUGAAGCUCUCGCCCUCCAAGAAGAGUCGUGGGGGGGGCCAGGGGGGCCUGAGGAGAGCCCCCACCCCCCUCUCCCAUGCAGCAGGACAUGCCCUGGUGGACUCCAGACUGGUCUACCACUCCCACUACAGCCGCACGGACACUGAAGUAGAGAGUGGCGUGCAGGCAGGCAGACCAGACCUGGUGCCCAGGACCCCUCCGCUGGCUGUGGGGGCAGGUGAUGGCCAGGCCAACCUGUCCAUGUCAUCACUGGGGAGCACAGGACUCACCUCAUCCUCCCCUCCGCUACGGUCAGUCGGAGUAGAGGUGCACAAAGCAGCAAGCACUGACCAAGACCACGGGGCCACCCAGAGCAUGGGGGCUGAGGCGUCAGGCGAGCAGUCGGGGAAUGAGGAUGCCAUCUCACUGUCAGACAUCAUCCCAGAGACCAACAUCUGUUUCUAACAGCCGAGAGCCGUCUAAAGAAGAGGGGGAUCUGGAAGAGAGAGAAAAGAACACAUCAACUAAGAGAACCCUUCCUCACUUCCUUCACCUAAGGUCUCCUUCAUCCUCUGCUGGGGAGGAGUGUGGCGUGCUAGCUCACCGCAGGGGAGGGGGGGAGGAGUCUGGCGUGCUAGCUCACCGCAGGGGAGGGGGGG